AUGGAUUACGAGGAAACUUUUGCCCCAAUUGCGAAAAUGACAACAGUUCGCACUCUUAUUGCUGUCGCUUCCGUUCGUAGGUGGAAUAUAACUCAAAUGGAUGUUAAGAAUGCUUUCUUCAAUGGAGAUCUUCAAGAAGAGGUUUUUAUGGUUCCUCCACCUGGUGUCCCUCACAAACCUGGAUUUCAUCGUAGUCAUCAUGAUUCAGCAUUGUUCAUCAAGUGUACAGAUCGAAUCCGUAUUCUUCUAUCUUUAUACGUUGAUGAUAUGAUUAUUACAGGUGAUGAUAUUGACGGGAUUGGGCUCUUGAAAUCCGAGUUGGCUCGUAGUUUUGCGAUGAAAAAAUUGGGGAUGCAACGUUAUUUCCUUGGGAUUGAGGUUGUUUCAUCUCUAAAGGGGUAUAUUUUAUCUCAAUCAAAAUAUAUAUGUGAUAUAUUUGAUCGUGCUCAUCUUAUUGAUAAUAAGAUUGUGGAUACUCCAAUUGAAACCAAUGCUCGGUAUUCCCUAACCGAUGGCUCACAUUUGCCAGAUCCAGCUAGGGAUGGCAAUGGGUACCCCUUGGUUUACCUCACCAUCACUCGUCCUGAUAUUGCUCAUGCUAUACACAUUGUUAGUCAGUUUGUUACUACGCCUACUUUAGUUCAUUGGAGUGAUGUUCUUCGUAUUCUCAAGUAUCUUCGGGGAACUCGGUUUCAGAGUCUUCUCCUUUCUUCCUCUUUUUUCUUGGAUCUUCGAGCGUUCUCUAAUGCUGAUUGGACUAGUGAUCCCUCCGAUCGCAAGUCCACCAUAGGGUUUUGUAUCUUUCUUGGUGAUUCUUUGAUUUCAUGGAAGAGCAAGAAACAAGAUGUGAUCUCUAGAUCUUCCACGGAAACUGAGUAUCGUGCUAUGGCCUCUACGACCUGUGAGACUAUUUGGUUACGAUGGUAA